AUGGGGUCGCAGACCAGCACCACUCGCCAACAUGCCUUGAACGACACAUACCGCAGCGGCAUUCCGGGCAUAGGCCCUCUCCAGACAGGAAAUGUGAGGCAGGACGAUCUCAGGCUCAGCUACUCACACGGCUCCAACGAUGGAGGCAUCGGAGACUCCUUCCUGAGUUCUCCCAGGGGAGACCUUCAUGUUUAUGGCAGAGGCGCAGGAGAGGCGCGGCAAUUGAACGAGGACAACGAUCUCAUUCCCUGCGUGUUUACCUGGACACAUGGGGGCCACGUGGUGUACCUGACGGGGUCGUUUAACAACUGGAGCGUUGAGAACAAAUUCCGUCUGAACCGCAGCGGCCAUGAGUUUUCUUACAUUCAGAACCUCCGCCGAGGCGUGCAUUACUACAAGUUUAUUGUGGACGACCAGUGGCGGUAUGCGCCGGACCAGCAGACGCAGACAGACGAGCAUGGCAACAUUAACAACGUCCUCGAUAUAUCGGGCUUCCGCCAUCUCCAGUUCAAGACCGUUUCCGAGGCUGAACAGGCCAGGAACGCACCCUAUCAUCAGUGCGUCCCUGAGCCGUCGGAAUACGCGUCUGACGCGCCUCCCAUUCCAACGCUGCUAACGAAGUGCGCUGUCGCGACAGUUGAACCUCCGCCGCGCUCGUGCUUUCCGGUGCACUGCCUGUCGAACCAUCUCUUUCAUGACUCCCAUGCGCCACACAUCUUUGGACCGCAGAUCUCCUGCGUUGCGAGCACGCAGCGCUGGCGAAUAGACAACAACAAGCCCACAACCGGGCAGAGAUAUGCGACGUACAUCUACUUGACGGUGAAUCCGCUAUAUCCAUUUCCAACUUCGGGGGAGAACGGCGAGACGGAGGAGGAUGUCAACAUGUCUCCUGGAUCCACCACGUCGCUGAACCCCCUAAGGGAUUUUCUAGUACUCCCCGAGGCAACCACUCCGCGAUCACGAGCCGAUACGCAAGCCACCGAGUGCCCAGCACCCUCGGUCGGCUCGCAGUGCUUUGACGGAAGCCCCAAGAGGCCUGAAGAGUCGCUUUCCCCAGCGACGCCGGAAGAAACCGAACCAGGAGCAACCACAGAAGUUCCCCAGAAAGUUUCAGACAAAGAAGUAUCCCCUGGCACCUCGCCUGCAUGCCCCAAUGAUCUGCACAUACGCAGCCCACCUGCUGCAGUUGCCACGACGAACGCGGCCGCUGAAGACUCUCACAAUGCUGUGUACUUUGGCAUCCCUUGUAGAUCAGGCACGGCAGGAGGUGCUCUCGCUGAAAUGCAUGUGUUCGCUCAAGCACUAUACUACUGCCCGUACGUGACAGAGCGAGACUUUUUUCCUUCCACCCACAGAGACAUCACGGGGGCUACAGGCUACCCCAUCUGCAAACCGAGUAGCUUUCAGCGUAGGUGGGAGGCAGCAAGCGUAGUUUCAGGCUGCAUCCGGACGGCAGUACACACCAUUUUUGCCCCUCCCUUUGGAACACCGACAGAAGCAAGCGUCUGGUGCGUGCAGAGGCCAGUUAGAUUUUAA